AAUUUUCCCUCUUUUUUUCCCAUUUCCUCCUUCCUCUCCAUCGUUCACAUUUGGCUGAAACUAGGGUUUCAGUGUCAAGCCCAUGGAGCUCCCUCAAAUCCCCCAGUUGCUCAACGAAACUCUCAGCCCCGAUGGAAGCGUUGUCCGUGCAGCCACGGAGUCUCUCGAUCGUCUCUCUCUUCAUCCAGAUUUCCCUUUCUGUCUACUCUCUAUCACCACUGGAGGACAAAACCCUGGUCAAAGAGUGGCUGCUGCCACAUAUCUCAAGAACUUCACUAGGCGAAAUGUGGAUGGGAGCAGUCCAUUUUCAAAAAUUAGUAAGGAAUUCAAGAACCAGCUCAUGCGUGCCUUGCUUCAAGUGGAACCAGCAGUCCUAAAAAUUUUAGUUGAAGCGUUCCGGGUCAUUGUUGCUUCUGUGUUUGUUAAGGAGAAUUCAUGGCCUGAACUCGUGCCUGAACUGGCUUCUGUCAUUCAAAAUAGUAGUCUUAUUAGUGGUGCUGCAAAUUGUGAAUGGAACACAAUCAAUGCUCUGACAGUUCUUCAUUCACUUAUUAGACCCUUUCAGUAUUUCUUAAAUCCAAAAGUUCCAAAGGAGCCUGUUCCACCACAACUAGAGCUAAUCACAAAAGAAAUUCUUGUGCCUUUACUGGCUGUAUUUCAUCAUUUUGUUGAAAAGGCUUUAACUGUCCAUGGGAGAACAGAAGCAGAAACUGAGAGGACCCUUCUCAUUGUAUGCAAGUGUACAUAUUUGGCUGUGAGGUCUCAUAUGCCAUCUGCUUUGGCUCCUCUUUUGCCUUCUUUCUGUUGCGAUCUAUUCAGGAUUCUGGGUUCUUUGAGUUUUGAUCAUAUGGACCCGCUGGGAGAAGGGUACUUGCUGAGGCUGAAGACUGGGAAGAGGAGUUUGCUCAUUUUUUGUGCUCUGGUCACUCGGCAUCGGAAGUUUUCGGAUAAGUUGAUGCCGGACAUCAUAAAUUGUGUUUUAAAGAUUGCUGCACAUAGCAUAAAAAUCAGUAAGCUUGAUUUCCUAUCAGAGAGGGUUGUUUCAUUAGCUUUUAAUGUCAUUUCACAUGUUCUGGAGACCGGCCCAGGAUGGAGGCUAGUUUCCCCCAAUUUUUCCUCGUUGUUGGAGUCUGCAAUUUUUCCGGCAUUAGUGAUGAAUGAAAAGGAUAUUUCAGAGUGGGAAGAAGACAAAGACGAGUACAUACAGAAGAAUCUUCCAUCUGAUCUUGAAGAGAUUUCUGGGUGGAGAGAGGACUUGUUCACAGCCAGAAAGAGUGCAAUAAAUUUACUUGGUGUUAUUUCAAUGUCAAAGGGACCUCCGGUGGCGGCAAGUAACUGUUCUUCAGCUUUAUCUAAGCGUAAAAAAGGUGAAAAGAACAGGGGAAAAGAUCAACGCUGCUUUAUGGGGGAGUUGCUUGUGAUUCCAUUUCUGUCAAAGUUUCCCAUUCCCUCAGAGGCUAAUGUAUCUGAAACAAAGAUUAUAAAUGAUUAUUAUGGUGUUUUAAUGGCAUAUGGAGGUCUUCAAGAUUUUCUAAGGGAGCAGAAACCUGGAUAUAUCUCAACUCUAAUUUGUAAUCGGGUGCUACCACUGUAUAGAGUAUCAGUUUCCCUACCUUACUUGGUUGCCACUGCAAAUUGGGUUCUUGGAGAGCUUGCAUCUUGUCUCCCUGAAGAGAUGAGUGCAGAUGUAUAUUCUUCGCUUCUGAAGGCAUUGGCCAUGCCAGAUGUGGGGGACGUUUCUUGUUAUCCUGUGCGAGUUUCUGCUGCUGGUGCAAUUGCUGGACUACUUGAGAAUGACUACCUUCCACCUGAGUGGUUACCCCUUCUUCAAGUUGUAGUUGGUGGGAUAGGUGAUGAAGAUGAAGAGAACUCUGUUUUAUUUCAGCUUCUCAGCACUGUGGUGGAGGCUGGAAAUGAGAAUGUUGCAGUUCAUUUACCACAUAUUAUAUCAUUAUUGGUUGGUCAGAUCUCAAAAUUCAUACCUCCUAACCCAGAGCCAUGGCCUCAGAUGGUUGAACGGGGGUUUGCAGCAUUAGCAGUGAUGGGUCAAUCUUGGGGAGAAUCUAUGCCUGAAGAAGUUGAACUGAGUGAAUCACGUGAAACAUGGCUAUCUGGUCAGGCUACUCUUGCUAAAGCUUUCUCAUCUCUCUUGCAGCAGGCUUGGAUUACAGCUGUUCAGCCAAUGGAAGGGGGUAUUUCAGAUUUAGAGGCCUCUCCAUCAUGCAUUGAUGAUUCAUCAGCAUUGCUCCGGUCCAUCAUGCGAUCUGUUACUACAUACAAUGAACUUCUAGAGCUAAAAGUAGCAGAGUUAUUAGUAGCUUGGGCUGACUCGAUUGCCAACUGGCAUGCUUGGGAGGAAAUGGAGGAUUUAUCAAUUUUUGAAUGCAUUAAGGAAGUUGUUAAUCUGCAUGGAAAAUUUGGGCUGAAGGACUUCAUUGUGAGAGGGUUACCAUCCCCUCCAGUGCCACCUGUGCCACAACGCUCCAUCAUCGAAGGAAUUGGUGCCUUUGUGAGCACAGCCAUCGCAGAAUAUCCAUCUGCAACAUGGAGGGCUUCCUCAUGUGUCCAUGUUCUACUUCAUGUUCCCAGUUACUCAUCUGAAGUAGAGAGUGUCAAGCAGUCACUUGUGAUUGCUUUCAGUGAGGCAGCAUCUUCACGUUUCAAGGCCAUUUGUAGUAAGCCUUGUUCAAUGUGGAAACCUUUAUUGCUAACUAUAUCAUCAUGCUACUUGUGUUAUCCUGAUAUUGUGGAGAGGGUUUUGGAGAAGAAAGAACAUACAGGCUUUACCAUUUGGGCAUCUGCACUGGGUUUCAUUGCCACCAGCACUUUUGAACAUGGCCCAUCAGCAGAAUCUGAGAUUAAGUUGACUGUAAUGGCAUUGGCCAAGGUGAUUGAGCGGCUUCUUGGACAAGGAAAUCAAGAUAGUGAUUUGUUACGGGACUGCUUUACAUCACUAAUGGAGGCAUCAAUGCAACUGAAAGAACUGCAGGAAGAAGAUGACAAUGAAGAGGCUGAAGAUGAUGAGGAUGCUGGUGAUGAUGACACAGAUGAUGAUGAUGACGAUAACGAUGAUGAUGAGGAUUCUGAGGAUGGUGAAUAUGAAGAGACUGAAGAACAAUUUCUGGAUAGGUAUGCCAAAGCAGCUGUUGCUUUGGAGAAUGGGACUCUAGUUGAAGAAGGGGAUGAGGAAGACCUGGACCAGGAGGUUGAUUUGGGUGGCUUAGAAGAGAUUGAUCAGAAAAGCAUUGUGCUAUCACUAAUUCAGAGAUACCACCAGGUUCUAAUACGAGGGCAGUCAUUGCCGCCGCCAAUUGUUUCAACUUUCCUCAACUCCUUCCCAGAAUAUAGUUCCUUCUUCCAGCAACAUGGGUGAGGAUUCUCAGUCUGGAGUCUCUCUAGACCUGUGAAUAUAGAUUGUUGUAAACUUGUAGGUUAAUUGUUUCUUAAUUUUAUUGGUUGGGUAUAUUCUUGGUUUCAAUUGUUUUUGUUAAUUAAAACCUUGUUGGGAGAGGUUUUUGUUUUUCAACUACAUUCUUGAUUUAUGAGUGAGCAAGUGCCUGUGCUGAAUGUGAUUUUCGGCUUAUUUAUUUUCCCAAUCUCCAGAGUACUUCAUAUUUUGGAAUGCAAAGGGGCCAAAACAAUGUAUUGUAAUUGAAUAGAAGCUAUGUUUAGGGAUGGUUGAAAAGGCAGCUGCAUUUUGACUUGUAA